AUGUCAGGUUCACGGAAGAAGCCUGAAAGAUAUUUGAAUAGGCAGACAUCACCAUCCAUCUCAUCUCAGGAUACUUCCCAAAACACGGACAGCCAGGCAGCAGAACUUUCGCCUUCUGAAAACAAGAAAGGACUGUCAACAUACACCCACGCUGUGCAGUCUCCAUCAGAUCCAAAAACGAACAAUCUCAUACUCCCUAUUCGACCGAGCGAACUUGACACAUAUUCCCAACAAUCACUACUGAGAGUCAACACAUCUGCCAACGAGCGGCAAGAAUUUCCCUCAAAUAAAGACUCGCAUGCGCUUAAAGAUACCUCUCAAGAGAGCCCUGAGAUUUGGUCUGUCAGUCCACUUCAUUACGACGAAAAUGAUGAAUACGGUGCUCUGUUGAACACAUGGAUUUAUGAGACUUCGCAUACCAAGCUGGGGCUUCCUGAGAUACUUGAGAAGAGAAAGUGGGAGAAAUGUGAUAGUAACUCAUAA